AUGCAAACGACCGCAAACUCCUCCUCCGACGCCCUAAUGGGUACCCCUAUCGACGAAUCCAACGCCUGCUUUCACCCAGACUUCUCUGACCCCGAUGGCGAUGUCGUACUGGCCUCGAGAAACUGCAAGAUGAUGUUCCGGACGCAUUCUUACACGUUGAAAACUACGUCUGGGUUCUUCAGGAGCAUGUUCAGUUUGCCAGGGCGAAAAUGCUCGGAGGUGAUUUACACCAACGAGGAGACGGAUGUUCUAGAGCAUCUCCUGAGGAUGGUCUGUGGGCUGCCUGUUCUGCCGCUGGACCCAACCUUGGUCGAACCAAUAUUGCACGCCGCGGAAACGUACGAUAUGCCUGGCCCUAUGUCUAUAGUGCGCUUGGGAGUCAAGAGCAGCCCCCUCUCAGACGAUCCUCUGAGAAUGUAUGUCAUUUGCAGUCGCUAUGGCUGGGAGUCCGAGAUGAAGUACUUCUCGACCCGGACCUUGACAUACAACCUGCAUGACCCAACCCACUUUGAGACGUUGCAAAGUCUUUCAUCGACCGCACUGCUCAAACUCUUUGCGCUGCACCGUGGGCGGCGAGAAAGUUUGCGGAAACGUCUGAACGAUCCACCGUUUGUCUCUGGGGGAGCGGCUGUUUGCAUACAGUGCCAAGGGCGGAUCGAGUACCAGACGUGGCGUGAACUCAAGUACAGGAUAAUCCUGGAGAUCGAUGAGCGGCCACUUGGCGAUACUAUUCUUCCUGGCCUGGCCGAGUGGCCAGAGGCAAAUGCUUGCUGGCAAGCUGUCUGCCCGAACAUUACGUGCCAUCGCAGGCUCUACGACAAAGCUGAAUCGUUCAGGGUAAUACGAGACUGUAUUGAGCGACUUCCGGACACAGUUUGA